CACGUAAUUCGAAUAUAUCGUAUCUCUCAAACUGAUAACUGCAGGUAUAUAAAGAGAGGGUCUCAGAAGUUAAGUAGAAGAGAUAAACUAUUUCAGACAAGCCGUAUAUUCUCAUCGCAUUCUUAGAAUCCUCAACUUAACUGCACUCACCAUGAAAAUAUCUUUCAUUAUUUCUUUCAUUAUAUACUGGGUGAUAUUACUUGCAACUUCUUUAGCUGCCCCUGCACCAUCAAGGUACGGUGGUCAUCACGGCGGCGGUUAUCAUAAAGGAGGGCAUCGUGGGGGUCAUGGUGGCGGAGGAUAUAAAGGAGGCCAUCAUGGAGGAGGAUACCAUGGAGGUCAUCAUGGAGGUGGAGGGUAUCACAAGGGACAUGGUGGUCAUCAUGGAGGAUAUAAAGGAGGAUAUGGACAUCAUAGAGGAUAAUUGAAGCUCAUAGAGCUGUGUUCAAUUCGAACUAUUUUUUUGUUUGUUUAUCUGUAAAUAAAAUGUUUAAUUUCCUUAAGAAAA